AUUGUGUACAAAGGUAUUUUCAAUUAAUUGAUUUUAAUAUUUCCACUGAAGAACAAAUUGUUAAUUUGAUACAAUCUGAAGAAAAUGAAGAAAGUGAGAGUGAUAGUGAUGAUGAUAAAGUACUUCCAGUAUCAGUUAAAGAUGCAAUUAGUGGAGUUAUUGAAUUUAAUUCAAAAAAACAAAAAUCUCUUGAUACAUUUAUUGAUAUCUAA